ACACCACGUCUGACCCAGCUGAAAACCCUAGCUAGCUUCGUCUUCCUUUUAUCUUUUGCUUUCCAUUUUGCAAUUUGCAGGGAUAGAAAAAUGGUGUCAGGUUCUGGCAUCUGCGCGAAGAGAGUUGUGGUGGAUGCUCGCCAUCACAUGCUGGGCCGCCUCGCUUCGGUCGUGGCCAAGGAGUUGCUCAACGGCCAGAAGGUUGUUAUGGUGCGAUGCGAGGAGAUAUGCAUCUCCGGCGGCUUGGUCCGUCAGAAGAUGAAGUACAUGAGAUUCCUCCGUAAGCGCAUGAACACCAAGCCUUCUCAUGGUCCCAUCCACUUCCGUGCUCCUUCCAAGAUUUUCUGGCGCACUGUCCGUGGAAUGAUGCCACAUAAGACAAAGCGCGGCGCAGCUGCACUUGCUCGAUUGAAGGUAUUUGAGGGCAUACCUCCCCCUUAUGACAAGAUGAAAAGGAUGGUUGUCCCCGAUGCUUUAAAGGUGUUGAGGCUUCAGAAAGGACACAAAUACUGUUUGGUUGGUAGAUUGUCAUCAGAAGUUGGUUGGAACUAUUAUGAUACCAUUAGGGAGUUGGAAAAGAAGAGAAAAGAGAGAGCACAAGUGGUUUAUGAGAAGAAGAAGCAACUGAAGAAAUUAAGGUCAAAAGCCGAGAAGAUUGCUGAGGAAAAGCUUGGUUCCCAACUGGACAUCCUUGAUCCAGUGAAGUACUGAGUUGGUAUUAGCGAGCCAGUAUCAUAAAUUUUGCUGAGAAGUACCCAAAAGUUUAUUUUCAUUAUUUUCAUGGAUGGAAUCAUUUUUCUUAUUAAUUACAUUUGGGAAGCUUUUAGGUUCCUUUGUUGUGUAGAAUAUCAUGCUAAGAUGAGCUGGCUCAAGCAUGUGUCUUUGCGCGUGUGAUGAUGGAACAGGUGAGAAAAGGGAUCUUAUGUGAGAGGUGAGAGGAGAAAAUGAACACUCUUGAACCGGAAACCAAUUAUUUCAAUUAAAUAACGGCAAAAUCUAAUACAACAAAUCUUAUUCCUUUA